UUUUUCAACAUCCAGCCCUUUUAUACACAUACGAGCCUGGCCUACAACUCUUCCGGUCUAGUAUCUACACUUUCCAUAACACGAAUUCGAACAUGGCCAAAGUAAUCCCGCAAUCAACAGAUUCAAUGGUCCGGUAUCUGUCCACGUCUCAAGCCUACGAUCUCUGGGCGGCCGUGUACGACAGUGAUGGCAACUUUCUGCAAGCCUUGGACACCAUCGAGAUGAAGAAGCUUAUGCCACGUAUGUUCAGCUUGCUGGGGACGUCACAACUACCCCGGCCAUGGAAAUUGGUCGACCUUGGCUGCGGGACGGGCAGAAAUACGGCUGCAUUGUUGGAAGUCGAAGACGCCCGUGUCGUCGGGCUAGAUGUGAGUCCUGGCAUGCUCGACGUGGCCGGGCGACGGUUGGAUAAACACAGAAAGGAAGGCCAAUUGAAAUUGGAAGUCUUCGACAUGAUAGAGCAACCUUCUCCGCCUGAUUCGGCCAUUGGUGCUGACGCUGUGGUAUCAACACUGGUCCUUGAACAUAUUCCGACAGACACCUUCUUCAGCCAUGUCGCAAAGAUUCUCAAACCUGGCGGAAUCCUGCUGUUGACGAACAUGCACGCCGAGAUGGGUGCGAUGAGUCAAGCUGGAUUCGUGGAUCCUAAAACCGGCGAGAAGAUCCGCCCAACAAGUUAUGCUCACACGGUCGCCGAAGUCGAGGACGAAGCAGCCAGAAAUGGUCUGAGUGUUAUUGACAAAGUCGAGGAGAGAGUCGUGGACAAAUCCAUGGUGCCACUGCUUGGUGGUCGAUCUGAGAAAUGGGUUGGUGUGACGGUUUGGUUUGGAGGUAUAUUUCGAAAAACGUCCUGAUUCAUGAGCGUAUGGGUCACUCAAUUGUCCGGGGAAUACUAGGUGUUUCGAGUCCGGCUGGAAAAGAAGCCACGCGCCAAACGUGCUCUAUGCUGUACAAGAUUUUCGUGACGUUGCAGAGCCGUCUUCAACGACGGUGUUUUCCAUUCAAUGCCAUCAUCGAGGAUGAUCUGGGUAUAUGCGAAAAGACUUGCGUCGAAAAGGCCGGGUGUGGUUUGUCCAAAGAAGAAUCUGUUCUCGCCUAGGAGAAUGGAUAGUGCUCGGAAUGCUUCUUCUGCUUGGCUGUACAGUUCUUGUGGAUCAAUGAUGGUAUUGGUCUUCAACAAUUCCUCUCUGGCAGCGUUGCGAAGUUGAUAUGCAAGGCUCAACUGGACAGGCCAGGAUGUUGAAGCGCUGGCAACAUACAUUGGCCAUGCUACAGCGUUGAAGUUAUCUUUGUCCAGGUACAAAUAGUACAACCAUGCGCUCCGGAUAUUAUGAUCAAUU